AUGGCGGGGGCCCCUCCAAUUCAGCAGACACACCAGCAGGGUGCCCCUGCCAGCUGGGGCCCCGCCGGUAGCCUGGGGUUGAAAGCCUUCGAUGCUCAGAGCAGGCUUACUUCAGGUUUAUCUGAUGCAGCAACAGCAGCAACGGUAGGGACAAGGGCAGCAGCACCGAUCCCAGCAGCAGGAGCAGCGUCAGCCGGUGCCUCCUGGUUGCGCAUGUGUCCGGUCUGCUGCUGCAGUCUGUCUGCCUGCACAUGCGAUGCAGCAGCAAUAGCAGCAGAGCACCAGAGGCAGCUGCAACAGCAGGAGAUAGUCUACCAGAGGCGACUGCAGCUGCAGCAACAGCGCGAGCAGCUGGAGCGUGUAAACGCCCUCCAGCAAAAACAGAAGACGCUGCUCCAGCAGCAGCUCAACAGCAGUGCCGACAACACACCUCUACACUAUUCGGGUGCCUCCCUUAGAUCCUGCAGCAAUCAAAGCAUGGGGGCGGAUGCGGUCCCUCUGGGUAUCAAGAUGAACUCAGGUGUCUCCAGAAAUGGAGGAGUUGUUCCUUCGUGGCAGCAACAACCGUACCUACAGCAGCAGCAGCAGAAGCAAGGUCCUAUAGCCGGCCUUGUGCUCUCUGAAUGCUCUCCUUCGAGAGGCUCUGCAGCUGCAGCUGCUGAGGUGGCUGAAGUUGCUGGGGUGGGGAUGCAUUGCAGCAGGAGAGACAACUCACAACAGGCACAGGAAACAUAUGCUGCUGCUGGCGUUGCUGCUGCCGCAGCCGCCGUACCAGCAGUGGAUCCUUCCUGUAGCUUGCAAGGGGCCGUUGAAGCCCCUUGUAACAGUGGCAGGAACACCAGCACGAGGCAGAAACUCUCUGAUGCAGAAGUUGCCUUGGAAAUGCUCGGCAUAGCAGGAAGGAGAAAAGGAGACAGAAGAAGGCAAGGGGAAAGAAGACUGCAGGUGUAUACUCAGCCCUCUCGUGAGGCCCAGAGUCCUCUGCGAAACAGCAGCUGCGCAAAAGGUUCUCAGGAGGGCCUUGCUGCUGCUAACGUAAAUAAUGAAUAUCCUCACUCAGGAGUAGCAGCAGCUACUGCUGCUCCUGACGUGGAGAGACAAUUCAGAACAUCUACUAUUUCUCCACAGAUCCAGCCACAUUCAGCUGCUGCUGAGGGUCUCUGUUGUCUUCCGGCUUCGAAGACGUCUGCCGAAGAGAGUGGCGAAGAUAUCUGGCAGGAGACACCUGAAGGCAGAAGGGCCCUACAGGCCUACCUGUUCGAGUUGCAGGCGCGGCUUGCUGAAGCGGAGAAACAGGCCACACACAACUUUGUGGGAUGUCUCUACAGAGAAAUGCAUUUGCAGGAGCUUGGCAAGAAGUUCCUUACCCAAUCCAACACUCCGGCACCGAUCGCUGAUAUUGUUCCCUUAGGUCCCCUUUCUGAGAUGGGUACCUGCACGCGUCCCCUCGCCUGUCUCUUACAGGCCUUCGUUUGUGUCGACGUUGUUUUGCAGCACCUGCAAGAGGCCCUCAAGCGCAAACAUGUGGCAGAAAUGAAGCUGAGGGCACACAUUGCAUCGCUGGCAGCAGUAAACGAACAGUUACAGGCAGAAGCCUCCACAUUGAUGAACUUCCACCGGCUCGCCGAGGCGCACGGACCCGAAGCGGCAGAAAAAUUGCUUCUGCAGCAGCUGCGCUCUCAAACAGAAAAACAGAGCACUGAAAUCAAAGACCUGCGUAGGAAGCUUGUCAACAGAGAGGACCAAGUGUCAGCAUUGGAGUGCGAGGUGGCGAUGUGCCGGAAGGCCCUUGGCGUUCUGCAUACUUUUUUGCAGUGCCAGGGGCAAAUUCAGCAAUGCCCACCUGAGCCGAGGUGUCUCCCGCCUCCAGUGGAAGAUCGUACAACCCAGACGGAUGCAAAUUCGACUCUGAUGAAGCCCCUGUCGACAGAAAAACGGCAAGAUUCGGCCUCUACCCAAGUGACUCCCCAGUCUCCGGCGAGUCAACGCAGCAUUGAAGGCCUCGCGGAGCCCUCUGAAGAGGAGACACCUGCUUCUCCAAAAGACUGUCUCCAGGAUUCUACACCAUCUUCGGAGUCAGUCGAGCAGGCGGUAGAGACAGAGGAGACGGCGAAGGAUGCGGAGAUCUCCUUGCCUGUCUCACGGUCCGCGUUGAAGGCGGAGGCCCCUCGGCAGCGGUCGGCUGAAUACGCAUCUGCAGGAAAGGGUGCAGCUCUCGCAGGAGAUGCAUCCGCCCCCCUUCGAGGCAUCGGCCCGGUAAUGCGCUUUACUGUGGGGCCCGCCACAGGUUAUGAACACCGAAGGGACGACGCUGUCGACAGUGCCGUGGCUGCUCUGAGCAACGCGAGAAUCAACAAAGUUCUGUUUACGCGCAUCUGCAGCGGCGUUUAUCUGUACGGGCACCUGGCAGUUGCUAUGCGUCUCAGCCCUUCAGGGGAGCUAUGGGUCUCCUUUGACGGCAGAGAGUACACAGCAAUGGACUUCAUUCGCAGCUUUGAGGAAGAGGAAUUCCGAUACCUCAAAAAAAAACAAAAGGAGUCAGGGCGUGCAGUGUCCCUCGAGGUCUGCCCCCACAAUAGCCUGAGCCAGAAGGAGCUGCGGACACAGGAGGCUCUUGUCGCAGCAUUCCAGCGGUGCGAAAGCCUCCAAGGGAGGUGCAGCAGAGACAGCAGCUGCGGCAGCGAGAGCAAAAGCAGCAGCAGCGACUGCGACAAGAUUGUAUGUGGCAGCGGCGUGUUCUCUGUCUCCUGCUGCUCUCGCCUCUGGAGUCCUUCGGAGCGGAGGGCAAAGACAGCGGAUGCGAGCAGCCAGCGCAGCGCCUUCGCAUUCUGCAAGCAGCAGGAAGGCCCCGCAGAGUAG